AGGUCAUGGAGUUUGAUAGAUUCAGGCCUAAGGAUGAUGAAGAUGAUGAUGAAGAUGCUGCUACACAGUACAUGAUUGAACAGAGUCUGCUGGAGUGUAACAAACAGAAGGAAACCCACAAAGACAACAUGGGGCGAGACAACAGCUCUGAGUCCGCAGACAGCAGCAAGAUCUUCACAGCCAUCAGACAAGGUAAUGAGAAGCUGUUGAAGGAUCUGUGCCUCAGACAAAGAGACAUGUUUUCAAAGACAGACAGCAAAGGAUGGACCCCUCUACAUGAAGCUGCAGCUCAGAGCAACCAAACCGUCCUGGAGCUCACACUCAAAGCUUCAGGUCCAGACUCGGUGAAGUGUUGCUCUCUCUGCGGGAAGACCCCUCUCUUCAUAGCAGUAGAGAAAGGUCUGAUUGAAAACGCCUCCUUCCUCCUGCAGCACGGAGCUGAUCCGGACUGCAAGGACCAGGAUGAGGACGCACCACUGUUUGCAGCGGUCCGCUCUGAGCGCACUGAUCUGGUGAAGCUGCUGCUCCGGCGGGGCUCCAGGGUGAACCAGGAGGGAUGCCACGGCCGCCGUCCGCUCCACGAGGCCUCUCGUCUGGGGAAAUCAGCUCUGGUGAAUCUGCUGCUGGAGGCUGGAGCCACCACAGACCCUCGCAGCCACUAUGGCCUCACACCGCUGGCUCUGGCGGCUCAGGGAGGACACCUGGAGGUGGUGGAAACUUUGCUGAGGAGAGGUGCAGACGUCCUGUCCCAGGCCCAGGAUGAGGCCUCCAUCCUGUUCGAGGCCUCUGCAUCAGGAGACCCUGCAGUCAUCAGUGUGCUGCUGGAGUACGGAGCGGAUGCCAACAUGGCCAAACACACGGGACACAUGCCGAUCCAUCGAGUCGCACACAGAGGACACCUGCCAGCUCUGAAGCUGCUGAUUCCUGUCACGUCUGUGUCCGAGGUGAACGACAGUGGCAUGAGUCCUAUCCACUCUGCAGCUGCAGGAGGACACACACACUGCCUCAAGGCCCUGCUGGAUGCAGGUUACGACCCUAACUUCAUGCUCCACCCCUGGCUUCGCCGCAGCUACAACGAUGAGAGGAAGUCUGCGCUCUUCUUCGCCGUCUGCAACAGUGACGUGGCUUCAACCAAGAUGCUGCUGGAGAACGGAGCCAUGGCCAACCAAGACCCCAUCAAAUGUCUGCAGAUUGCUCUGCGUUUGGGUAACUACGAGUUGAUCAACGUGCUGCUGAGGUUUGGAGCCAACGUCAACUAUUACUGCAAAGUGAACACGACACACUUCCCCUCCGCUCUGCAGUACGCUCUCAAAGACGAGGUGGUGCUCAGGAUGUUGUGUAAUUAUGGUUACGACAUGGGGCGAUGCUUCGACUGUCCCUACGGCAACGACUCUCACAUCCCUGAAGACUUCGAGGGCUGGAGCGACACCGUCAUCAAAGAUACUCUGUUCUGUGAGGUCAUCACCGUCUCGUGGCUCAAACACCUCUCCGGUCAGCUCGUACUUGUCCUGCUGGACUACGUGGAUCACGUGACUCUGUGCUCCAAGCUGAAGGCGGCGGUGAUGGAGCAGCAGCAGUGGCCCGACAUCUGCAGAGUGCAAGAGAACGCCCGCUGUCUGCAGCAUCUCUGCCGCCUGAGGAUCCGUCAGUGUCUCGGUCGCCUGCGUCUCCGCUCUCCAGUCUUCAUGAGCUUCCUGCCGGUGCCGGGCAGACUGAAGGACUACAUCCUGUACAGAGAGUACGACCUGUACGGCCAGCAGAGCAACACACUGGGAUGAUUCUAGAGCCAGGACACAGAUAUCUGCUGACUUUCAAACCAAGACUUCUUUCAGCUUGUGAUCUCACCUUCUGCAAAAUGUACAGAUUGAACUGAAGUCUGAAAGAAUGAAAUGACUUUUUAUGUUGAACUUUUCUAUUAAAGGUUGUUGUGUUCUUAUUUCUGUGUGUAAAUAAAGCUGUGUGAAACCUUU